AUGGUUGUCGGAGUUCCAUCACCGGUGACAAUUGUCGAAGAAGAAGAUAUUAAUGUAUGUGAAUUAUCAAAUUCUGUUAUUGAUUCAGCCCCUAUAUUAUCAAAUACAACUGAUUUACCUAUUGAUCAAACAAAUAAUCUGAAUGAAUUUCCAUUCGAAUUUUUAUCUGGCGAAGAAUUAAUUGAUCAUGGUAUGGAUUUAAAUGAUGGUUAUAUUUAUUUAACAACAUAUCGUUUAUUUAUAUUUUCCAAUCAAUUAUCAUCACAUUGUUCAUUUAUUAACUAUCCAAUACGUUUAAUUGAAACAAUUGAAAUAAAAGAUAAUAUUUAUUUAUAUAUACAAUGUAAAGAUAUACGUUCAUUUCGUUUAAUGUUUACAACAACAGAUAAAUGUUGUUAUUGGUUAAAAAAAUUAAAUGAAUCUCUAACAACAUUAAUAUGUUUAGAUGAUUUAUUUGCUAUUAAAUAUGCAUUAAAUAAAUCUCAACAAGAUAAUGAUAUAAAACGUGAUUAUAUUCGUCAAGAAUUUAUACGUUUACAAUUAGAUUGUUAUCCAUGGCGUAUAACAGAAAUAAAUCAUGAUUAUAAAUUAUCUCCAAGUUAUCCAAAUAUUUGUGUCGUACCAGCAAGUAUAACUGAUGAAGAAGUUCAUGAAGUAGCAAAAUUUCGAUCAUAUAAACGUUUUCCAACUAUUGUUUGGAGACAUAAUAAUGGUGCAGUUAUUGCACGAACAAGUCAACCUGAAGUUGGAUGGCUUUUUUGGCGUUCAAAAGAAGAUGAGAAAAUGAUUCAAGCUAUAAUGAAUGCUUGUAAAACAACACAAGAAUCUACUACUCAGGAAAUAAAUUCAAAUCGUUUAUUAAUCCUUGAUGCACGAAGUUAUACAGCAGCACUUGCAAAUCGUGCUAAAGGUGGUGGUUUUGAACAUCCACCAUAUUAUUCUGAUUGUGAUGUACAAUUUAUGAAUUUACCUAAUAUUCAUGUUAUUCGAAAAAGUGCACAAAUGUUAAGAGUUGCUGUUGCUAAUGCAGGACAAGGAGAAAAUUGGCUUUCACAAUUAGAAUCGUCGAGAUGGUUACAUAAUUUAUCUUCAUUAAUAAGUGCAGCAUCAUUUGUUGUUGCUACUGUUAAUAAUCAUGCUCGACCCGUGCUUAUACAUUGUUCAGAUGGUUGGGAUCGUACGCCACAAAUAACAACAUUAGCUGAAAUAAUGCUUGAUGCAUAUUAUCGUACAAUAGAAGGCUUUCAAGCAUUAGUACAACGUGAAUGGAUUGCAUUUGGUCAUAAAUUUGCUGAUCGUUGUGGACAUGGCAACGGAGUAAAUGAUCUUAAUGAACGUAGUCCUGUUUUUCUUCAAUGGCUUGAUUGUAUUUAUCAAUUAUAUAGUCAAAAUCCAACUGUGUUUGAAUUUAAUGAAAUGUUUCUUUUGAAAUUAGCGAAUCAUACAUAUACUUGUUUAUAUGGAACAUUUUUAUGUAAUACAGAUUUUGAACGCAAAACAACUAAUUUAGAAAAUCGAACAUCAAGUGUAUGGAGUUUAUUAAAUAGCAAUUCAAAACAAUUUAUUAAUCAUUCAUAUAAUAAAGCAAAAAAAGAAAUUCUUUAUCCAUCAUCUUCUGUUCGUGAUUUAACUAUAUGGUCAAAUUUAUAUUUACGUGAUAUUCGUUAUACUCCAAUAGGUUCAUCUGAACAUGCUUCAAAAACAAUCCCAACUCGUAUUCGUUCUUAUGAAGAUUUAUCUACAGCUAUGACAAAUCAUAUACAUCGUUCAACAUCAGAUCCAAGUUUCAGUGAUUCAUUACCUUUAGAAUCAUCAUCAAUACCAAUACGUUCAAAUAAUAAUUCGUUAUCACAUCAAAUUCAAUCACAGUGUAAUCGUUCAUUAAAUUCAACAUCAACAAAUAGUUUAUUUGGUCCACCACAUCAUCUUGGAACAUUAAAUGAUAGUCAUCAUAAUGUAACAUUUAAUUCAAAUACAAAUCAAAUAUCAUUACCAAUAAGUAAUAGUCCUGAUAAUCGAAUAAAACAACAAAAUUUGACAGCUGAUGAUUCAUCAUCUGAUAUAACACAAUUAGCAUUAUCAUUUCAACGUUUUUCAUUAAAUCUUUAUGGUGUUGAUAAUAUAUUACGAACAAUGUCACGUCCACGUAAACAUACAAAUUCAACAUCAAGUACAACAUCAAGUUUAUCUGAUGCAUGGUCAUUAACCAAAAUAAAUUCAUAUGAUCCAAAUCAAACACAAAGAAUGAUGCAACAUUUAACAUCAAAUAAAAUAAUAAAAUUAAUACGAAAACGUAUUGAUACAGAUGGUUUAACGAAAGUUCCUGAUCAAAUUACAUCAAGAAUGCUAGAAAAAGAACGAACUUAUCAACAGAAAAUUGAAAGUCUUCGUGAACAUGAACGACAAAUGCAAAAAUUUGUAUAUACAUUAAUUAAUAUUAAUCAUAAUCAAAAUAUAUCACCACGUCUGGAUGCUAUAUCACAAAGUAAUAUAAAUUCCAUUGAAACACUAUCAUGUUCAUCAUGGCAAAAAAUCGAUAAUUCAGAUGCUAGUGUAACACGUUGGUUACCAGAUUUCACUGCUCAAACAUGUCAUUCAUGUCAUGUGAAAUUUCAACAAUGGCCAAUUUCACGUAAACAUCACUGCCGAAAAUGUGGAAAUAUAUUUUGCAAUAAUUGCACUAAUAAUUACAAAUUAAUUCCAUCAUUAAAUUUAAAAGAUCCUGUACGUGUUUGUCGUGAUUGUUUUCGUACAAUCGAUGAGUAUAGUAAUAAUAAUAAUAAUACAAGUAUUGAACCGGCAAGAGCAGCUGCUCCAAUACCUAUACAAAGUGGCUGUCGAGAAUCCAAUGGAACAUCUAAUGGAUCAUUUAAUUCGCCUGGUGGACAGAAAGUUAAAGGAUAA